CUUUACUUAAAUUUUGCUGUUGCAUUCACUUAUCAUGUCCCUACAUAAUUAUACAUGUAGGAAAUAGUAUUCUUUUCUUUUUCUUUUUCCCUUUCUGCAUCACUGUUUUUUUCUCUUUGUCUAAAGAAAAAACGUAAAGCUAACGCCUUCUCUAUGCUUUUUAUUAUCAUUCAAUUUAACUACAAGUGUUAAGCUACUCUUCCUGCAAUACUUGAAUGUCUAAGCCUUUAGCUUUCUUUCUUUCUUUCUUUUCUCAUAUUCCCUAUGUUUGAUCCUUUGCUUCCUAGAUCAGCUUCGACAUAUGCCUAUUAAAGCAAGCAUUUUGAUCUUUAUACUCUUUUUCGAUUUUUGUGUUUUCUGUAUUGUCCCUGAAGUAAUCUCUGCUAAGCUAGUCUUCGAACUUCGGAGCUUCAUUUUGGUUACAUGAUGAAGAGAAGCCAUGAAAGAGAGAGGCAAAGCUGUGGAAGUAUACAACAACGAUAUUGAUUUCUUCCAAGACUACACUUCCUCGGAUGUUGUUCCAUGUAGGAAACAUCCACAAUCCUCUGCGGCCGGUGUAUGCGCGUAUUGUCUCAAGGACCGUUUGAUCAACUUGGUUUGCUCAGACUGUGGCGAGCAGCGUCUCUCGUCUUGUUCUUGCUCCGAAAUCGUCACCAACCCUCGUAAUUCAUGCACCGGUGGUGAAGUAGGCAGUGCUGUUCGGGUGCCGUUCUUGAUAGAGAAUGAAAACAAGGAUCAAGCUGUUCAAAACCCCGAGGCUAAAAGUAGUAGUAGUGGGAAUAAUAAUACUAAGUCGGACGAUGUUUAUUUGAUCAAGAGAAGCAAUAGCAGUUGUGUUGAGAUCAAGAAGAAGAAUGGUUUCUGGAGAAUCGGGAGGUUUUUCAAGAAGAAAAGGGACAAAGAGACUAACUGUGGGAAGAGUGGGUGUGGAGUUGAUGAGAAAAGUGAUUUGUGGGUGGUUGAUUACAUGGGAGUGUCAAGGUCAAGGUCUUUUUGCAGUUUCAAAGGUGGUGGAUUCUUUGGAUCAGAAGAUGGAAGUGACUUGAUGAACUUUUCGGGUGCUAGGAGCUCCAUUUCAGCCGCUCGGAGUUCCGGUGUUAAUGGCGGUCUGGUUUAUGAUCCUGAGAGGAAAAGUGGGUUCAGUGAAGCAGAACAUAGGAGAAGUGGUUUUGAUAGUGAAAAAAGGGACAGUACUUUCAUAGAGUCUGAUAUUGCAGACAUUAGAGCCGUUAGAAAAAGUGGCGCCGGCAUCGGCAUCGGUGGUGGUUUAAUGGAUGUUGAUGGUGGUUUUAGUGGAGCAAACAGGAGGGUGUUUUCUUUGAAAGAGAGUUAUUUCAAUGGUGGAGAUGAUUCAGGCUUCAUUGACUUAAAAUUUGAUUUUCAAGCAGAGUCUAAAGGGGAUAUUCCUCCUAGUAUGAAGAAGGGUGUUUUAUCUGGUUUUGGAAGCAUGAGAGAAGCUGGUGAAUUUAAGCCAUAUAAAUCCAGCGGUUCCAUUGAGAAUGCACUACCAAUACCUGGAAAUGGAGCCUUAAGCAAUGGGAGUUCAUAUCAGAUGACAAUGGAUGAAAGAGGAAUCAAAAAGAACAAAAGAAUUUACAAAGGAUGGAAGUGGAAUUUCAAAGCUCCAUCAAAAUUGGAACAAUCCAGGGAAGAAAAAUGAAACAUUGAAUCCCCUCACAGUGUUUGGACUCAAAAUAGGUCAUCAUCAAUCUUUCAAAUUUCACUCCAUGUUUUUCUUUGUUCAUUUACAUAUGUAAUUUUCUUCACAUUCCCAUUUCACAACCUUUUGUUUAAGCCUUUCAAGUUGAUCCAAUCAUUAAACAUGAUUUUCAGAAAUGGAUGAUUAAAGAACCAAAAAUGUUUUGUAUUUAUGAUGAGAUUAAUGGAACUGCAACUUACAAAUUGGCCAUCAAGGCUUAAAGAAUAGGUGGGUGGUAGUGGCAGCCGGCAGCCACUUCCUUGUAGGGCUGCUAUAGUGGCAGUUCCCUCGUACUAAUAUUGUAAAGGUCCCCCCAUUUUCAAUGGUUUCUCACUAUCUCUAGUCUCAUAUAACAUUUUCUAUACUCAUUAGACUACAGAAAAAA